AUGCUUUCCCAGCUUUGUUAUUUGUCUCUGCUCUCCGUGUUUCUCACCUUCGUUUACGCCGCGCCACUCGCACUCGACAAGAGAGCUAUUUCCCAGGACUUGCUCAACGAGUUGUCGUUCUUCGAGCAGUACUCCGCAGCGGCAUACUGCCCAGAGAACAAUGUGCCUGUCUCCAACGCAAGCAUCAGCUGCGAUGCCGACAACUGUCCUCUUGUCCAGUCAGCGGGCGCCGAGUCUAUUCUUGAAUUCCAGAACGAGGGGCUGGCAGACGCGACCGGCUUUGUGGCCCUCGACCACACAAAUCAGCUAAUUGUAAUGUCAUUCCGAGGCACCACGUCCUUCUCCAAUAUCCUCGCGGAUAUCAACUUGGUCAUGAUCCCGUGGGACAUCUGCACACUGUGCACAGCGCACUCUGGGUUCCUCGACUCCUGGACGAGUGUGAAGCCACAAAUCGAAGGAGUAAUUGCGAGCGCAAGACAGAGCUUUCCUUCGUAUCGGAUUGUGGCCACUGGACACAGCCUCGGUGGCGCGAUCGCCACGCUGGCGGCCGCAGACCUGAGGGAGAAUUCUGGCUACGACGUGUCUUUGUAUACUUAUGGCUCGCCCAUGGUGGGCAACUAUCUCCUCGCGACCUUCAUCACCAAUCAAUCGUCGGACAACUACCGCGUUACACACGCGCAGGACCUCAUCCCAAAGCUGCCGGGGUACCCGAUUUAUGCGCACGUUUCGCCCGAAUACUGGAUCACUUCGCCCACAGACGCGGCCGUCACGCCGAAUGACGUGCAAGUGAGCAGCGGCGUGAUUAAUCUGAAGGGCAAUCAGGGCCAGUUGGACAGCAGUAUCACCGAUCAUGGCUGGUACUUCAACAGCAUCUCGGCGUGUUCGCCGGGGCUGGGGAGUGAGCUGGGGAGGUGA